AUGAAUCCGAACCCCGCCCCGCCCCGCCUUGGCUCCCCCCUCGACUGGGACCCCUCCGAAAACCCCCUGAGAGUUGUGCCUUUGGUGCCUGUGUGGUGGCUUUGGUGCUCUGUGCAACCACAAAGAAGAUCGUCACCUCAACUCAAAACACACCUCACUUCACCCACGACAACCACAAUGGAGUACGUAGUAGCCAAUACAAACACGCCUUUGCUACAUCUACGACGACAUCGUUACGCCAGACCGCCAGCAUACACCGGAGACCAUCACGCCAGUGGCGUACCAUCAUGUUCCAGCCCUCUUAAGCUUCCCAGGCUCCUAGCCCAAGAACCCUGGACUAGAAACAGGAACCAGACAGAGAAAGACAGAGAAGAGGGGUCUGAGUUCAGAGUUCUGGCCCGACCCCAUGAGGCGAUGCCACGAGCGGAACGCAUCGGUCCUUGCCGCAGGCCACGGCCUCCGUUCCCCGCCAAUACUUCUGUUUUGGUGUUCCUCUCGAGACUCUGA